CAUGCAGAGCUUCUCUCGCUCUUUCCCUGCUGCUGCUGCUGCUGCUUUUGUAGGAGGCAGGAACCUAGAGUGGGGAGGAAAGCCUUGGCAGCUUUUCUCUCCACAGGCCCCCCCGUCCUCCUGCUUUCACCCGCCUGCCCAGGCAUGGGUGCUGCCUGGCCAAAGGCAGAACCACAGGGAAGUGUGGGUCUACCAGAACCAUCUACCAGAAGCUUUGUCAUCCCCCUACAGGGAUGUCCCCGCUGUUGGCCACAGAGGCCGCCUUUUGCUGAGGUUUAGAGUCGGUCUCUCCAUUGCGCCUAUUCUUGGUGGUAUGUUCUCAUCGUCUGUUGUGUUUGGAUACCCUGACAACUGGAUCCUCUGGGACCACUGAUGACAUGAAACCCAAGCGAGACCAAGAGAGGGAUCUAGAGCUGGACAAGAAGAUUGAGGCCCUCCGCAGGAAGAACGAGGCUCUUAUGAAGAGGUACAAGGAGGUGGAGGAGGACAGAAAAAAGGCGGAAGAGGAGGGAAUGGCUCUGCAGAGCCGAAACGGAAAAGCUGAUGAUCUCACCAUCACGAUCAGCAAGUCCACCAGUGACAGCCGUGUGGUGGUGACAAAGCCAUCCGGCAGUGAGUCACCAGCUGUUCAAGGACAGCAGGGGGCUGAGUCUGACAGGGGCGGGGCGACCCCCACGCAGGCGGCUGAGCCGGGCCAGACGAGGCAGCUGACGGUCACCAUGGCUGGGAAAAAGGGAAAGAGGGUGGUGCGGGAGAAGCCAGAGAAGACAUCAUCGGACUCAGCAGACAUCAGGAACCCCACGGAGGACGGACAGACCAGGAGAGUGGAGUCAGCGAGGAGGAGGAAGCAGCUGCCCCACGCCACCAACAAGAGAGAUGCAGCAGCAGCAGCAGCAGCAGCAGCCCAGGCGGAGGCGAAACAAGAGCAGAGGGAGUCUGAGGAGCUCAACAACAGAUCAGAGCAGUGCCAGGAUCCUGAAAACCAGCAGGGUGGCUCAGACCUCAACAUCCCCACAUCAAGAGAGGAGCAUGAAGAAUAUCUGCGCUGGAAGAGAGAGCGUGAGCAGAUUGAUAAAGAGAGGGUGGCUCGCCAUAAAAAUGCUAAAGGCCAGUGGAGGCGGGCAUGGGACAUGGACAAAACGGAGAACAUGUUUUCAGGUAAAUCCCUCGCUGAUGGAGACUGGGGGGCUUCCAGCAGAGGUGGAAGAAAUCCAAGAAGAAAGGCGGGCAGUGACUCAAGAGGUCAUGAGAAGCGAGGGAAAGACAAGACAGCUAAAAACGUGCUUGUGAUGAGCAGCAAAGCCAAAGGCAAAGAUCGUCUGACGGGGCGAGCCAGGAGAUGGCAGCCAAAUGAUGAUGGUGAAAAUCCUCAGACUACUGACACAACAUUGGAAGAGUUCCUUGAAGAACUGGAUGCUCUCACAAAGGCUGAUGGAGAAGAACCGAAAGAUUCAGACUUGAGGGCAAAGAUGAGCCCAGAGCCACAGAGUCCACUUCUUGAAAGAUUUUCAACCGACAGCAUGAAAGAGUGUUCCCCCCCUCAGGCGAAACCAGAGGUCUUUUCUCCUCGGGGCUCAGAAAAGAGGGUGCGCUUCUUAGAAGAGCUCAUCCAGAAGCCUCCUGUGAAGCAAAAAACAAUGUCUCAGGAGAGUGGCAGUUCAGAAUCCAGAGGCUCUGCAAACGCUUCCUCACCAAAAAAGAGUCGGCCUGAAGGUCAAAGGUCGCAGCUGUGUGUUUGCCAGAAUAACGAGGCUGGACCGUCUUCUCCUCCUGUUCCCCGGCAUCAGUCACCUGACACUAAAAAUGAAAGCAAACCUGGUGAAAAAGCCAAAGCUGCACUGCAUGAGGGCUCCAUCCAACCUGUAGAACGGACAGCGCUCACCAUCAGCAACACAAACACAGAGGAACGAAUAGACUCUGGUCUGUCUGUUCUGAGCAAGGAGUCAGGAGAAAGCCACCCCACACACACCACCAGCAGUGACAAGGCAAGGGAGCACGGGAAGAUCGUGUGACAUGUUUUGAGGAUGAACUGUAAAUACAGAAAUCAAAACACAGUGCUUGGAUGCUUUUCGCUCUGGUGGCUUUCAAGCAAAACCUUGCUUUUUCUUUGCUGUGCUGUGUCUCGUUCAAUAUAGAUUAGCAACAGGAAGGUGGGAUCGUUUUGGAGAUUUUUUUCCCAUCUAAGCACUUUAUGGGUAUACAAGUUGGUGUACUGAUAUGAUUUUAGUAUGUAAGUAUGCUGCUUGAGUGCAAUAUGACUGAAUGUUUACAUUGUACAGACAUUUUAAAGUACCUGCCAUGGGGCUAGCUAAUCAGUUUAUACCUUAGGUGACAAUAAACUAAAGCUACUGUCCAAUUAUUUAGUGCCUAAAUCUGCCUUAGAUCUCUUUAAAAUAAUGUCUGUAUAGUUUGGUUGCAGAUGCACAACAGUCUUCAUAGUUUAAACCCGUGAAAAAGAAAGUACUUCCUCUUUGAAUGUACAUUUUUUUGUGUUAUGAUGUACAGUAAAAUUUGUUUUCUAAUCCACAACCUGAAAGGAAUACCAGCUUGUAAUAUGCUUUUUGGGACAAACAUGCCAUCAAAAAACAGAAAAAAAUGUGAAAAGGCAAAAUGUUCUAAGAGUUUGUCAGAUCUCACUUAGACAGAAAUGUUUUUUUUGUGAUCAAAUUAUUAGUAAGUGACUUUUUCAUCCCAGUUUAUUUAUAAAGUGCUGGUUCACAACUGAAGUUGUUCCAGGGUGCAAACUUUUUCAAUUCCUUGUAUACCAGCUCUCAUAGGUUCCUUCCAAGCAGUUUAGGUCCAGACUUUGACUCCUAAAGCACUUAAGUGGCCGGGAUAGGCUCCGGCAGCCCCGUGACCCCGAAAGGGAAUAAAUGGAAGAAGAAGGACGGAUUGAUGGAACAUGUGAUUCCAGAUUUUUGUUCUUAAAGGUAACCCCAAGUAAUCACACUUAUGCCGCCUGACAUGAUAGCUUAAGUUAUUACUGCUUUGUGGUCACAUCUCACCAAUCUGUGCAGAGUUGUCCAUCCCUUUCCAAGUUGUGUGGUUUCAAAUGAAACUUUGCAGACUUUAGUGAUGGUGAUGUGUUUAAGACUUAAGUAUCAUCUUUUAACCUUCCAGACAAUCCAUCCUUUUUAGUCUUCUUAUUUUUUUUAUUAAACUUUUUUGAGCUUGUCUCCUCCUCUUUAUGGAUGUCCCAGCACUGCAAAGUACACAUUUUUUAUGGGCUCUAUGAAGCAAAUAAUCAACUGAUUUGAUUCACAAGAUUAUCAGCAGCUGACCUUAUGCUCUUAAUUCUGUUUAGAAACAGCCUUAGUGUGUUUUUGUCCUCCUUUACUGACUUUAAACUCAUCAGAGGUUAAUGACGCAGUGUCCCGAAAUGAUAUUCUGAGCCGUUAUUCACUAAACUUCAAAACCUGCAAAUUUGUUUUUUGUAGGUUAAUACAUUAAAUGCAUCACAAAAAAUGCUAUUAUAUUGAUUAUCCUUUCAGCAUUAGGAAGUCAAAAACACCAAAUCAUUGUUUUGCUAAAAUGCAUGUUUGUCAGUAAUUAGGAUUCAGUUUUGAACUGUUCCCAAAAAUAGCUACUAAUAUGUAAAGUCUGCAAUACAAUGAAAUUGCAUCUAAAACUAAUAAUAACCCACAAUAGCUUUACCUUCUAUGAGGGUGGCAUGGGUAAAAAUUCUGCAAAACAUCUCGUAAAAUAAAAGUAUUAUUUCACUUCUUGUGUAAAACCAACUCUUAAGCACUUUGCCUUUUAAAUAGACAUGUGACUGAAUUAUGUCAAGGUAAUGUAUUCAAGUAAAAAAUAAGAAUUGAAACAUUAACUUAACUUAAAUAACUCAACCUAGAGUAAAAUCAUUUCACCAGUGACCCCUUUAAUGCUCCCUAAAGCACAGCUUUUCUGUUUUUAAUUAAAAAUAUCCUGUCUUCCUAGUGUUAUUUUCAGCAGUUUUGUUCUGUAGCAGGAAAGUACUGCUGUUGUUGAAUGCUGAAACAACCUAUUAUUUAAUUUUCCAAUAACUCAAGUGUUUAAAAAUUGAUCAUUUGGGUUUGUCCGCUUCAGUCUUGUUCUUUUUUGUAAGAACACUGGCAUCCAGAUGCAAUUCCCCUUUGGCACUGUAUUAUAACUGCAGCUAAUGCAUAUUUUGUAACAGUUUCUCUUGCAUAAAUGAAGAAAGUUGUGCCUUGCUUAUUGGUCUCUUCGUAUUGAAGGUUUACUUAAGUUACAUGAUUUGUGUCAUUUCUGUUUUAUGUAAUGUUUCCUUUUGUUUGUAUUAAUGGAAGAGAACUCUUGCCAAUUGAAAGACUGAUUGUUUCUACUUGACAUGUAUGGUUUUGUUUGUAUUUAUACUUUACCUAUUUGUUUUUGUUGAUGCCGAUUAUUAGAGGAGAAAAAUCCUCACAAAAAGUCGGUCCUUGUUAAGGUGUGUGGGUUUCUCUGAGUAGGGGCCUUACUUUCUGUACAAAGCUUUAGUUUGAAAACAUGACCUCUGAUGCCUUUGAAACUCUAAAUUUGGUGUAUUUUAAAUGGAUUUUAGCAGCAGUUGAGUGUUUUUAGGAGUGUAGUUUUUUGCAGCAUUACCUUCAUUGAAUGUCCUAUAUACCUGUGCGAAUGAAUUUGUAGAGGUGUGAUCUCUGCUGUGUGGAGCCCACGUUUGUGUGCAACAAAUCUUCAUUUGCAUCGGAGCAAAUAAGAAGGAAGCAACAGAACGCCAAUAAAAACCCUCAGUAUUUCAAAAAGG